UAAGCAUUACUCUGGGGAGAUGGCGGGAAAAUAAAAGCUGAACGAUUCAGCCCGCGCACACACAAAUACCAUCGGGGCGCCGCUACCUGAAUCACAAUCGCCCGUCGUGUAGGAGAGAGAGAGAGAUGGCGGAGAAUGGUGGGAAAGAGAAAGAGUUGACGGAAAAGGUGGUUUCGGAAGCAGAGGAGCUGCCGAAGACUAUCGUGCGCCGCGUGGUGAAGGAGAAGCUUUCCCAGCUCUCCUCCGACUACGAGAUCUCCCUCCUCCGUGACUCGCUCCAGGCCUUCUGCGAGAGCGCCCGCAUCUUCAUCCACUACCUCUCCGCCACCGCCAACGACACGUGUAAGGAGGCGAACAGACAAAUAAUCAAUGCGGAAGAUGUAUUCAAGGCCCUGGAAGAAAUAGAUUUUUCCGAGUUCAUUGGACCUCUCAGAGCUUCUCUUGAAGAGUUUCGACAAAAGAACGCUGACAAGAAAUCGGCAUCAUCAAAGGGAAAAGACACAAGCAAGAAAGCGAAAAGGAAAGAGCCACCACCUGCACAAAGUCCAGGUAAAAACAAACGGCGUGAAGUCGAAAGUGAUGGAAAUGACGACAAUGCAGAUUGAGCCUCAUUGUUGAUUCUCUUUCUGUCAUAUGAUGAUUCCCUUUAAAAUCGGAUGCUCUUGCGACGAUUUAUUAAAUAUUUAUUUAUUUAAUGAUAUAUGUAUGUAUAAGUGGAUUUAUGCACACAUUUUAUUUUUCUUCA